UCUUAUUCACUCCGGUCUCACUAGGGCUCAAGCCCCACCGGGAUUUUUGGGGCCCAAAAAAAAAAAGGUAUAUAGGUUUUUGGUACUACUCUCCUUUCAAGCCCCCACCGCUGAACUCGCCAGCUCGAUUGGAGACUUGGAGCUCUCCCGACUCGGCAAACCUGCAAGAGUGCAAGGCUAGAACCAGCAACCCAUCUCCGGUCUCCGCACUCCGCGGCUCCGCCUCCAGGUAUCUCACCAUCUCUCUCCUCCUCUGCGACGGCCGACGGCUCCUCCAGUCCUCCUCUUGAUCUGUUGUUAAGUUGGUUCUGUUACAUUUGAUUAAAUUGGGGGUUUAGAUUGUCCACCAUAAUUUUUUUCUCUCCCUUCGUUAAGAAGUUCAAGCCCCACCAAGGUUGUAAUCCUGGAUCCGCCCCUGCUCAUAUGUCAACAGGGCUAAAAUCACAAUCUUGGUCCUGCGCUCGCAUUACCUACUGACUGGUGUUGCAGAUUAGUAAGUGCAAUGGAUCCUGGAAACCUGGGAGAGAUAUUGAAGCACUUGGAGACGCAGAAUGAGCUCCUUACAAAAGCGUCUGAAUCAGUGCUACAAGAACUGUCUAAUCUUCAGGGAGAAGAAGAAAUGAUGAUGCGCAAGUACUACGCUAUUAUGUCGGAGCAUGGUAAAGUUAAAAAGGUUCAAGAACUUCAUGAAUUUUGGCAGAAGCAUGGCCAUGGAAAAGUUUCAACUGAUACUGAAAUCGGAAGCUCUACUGCAUUAGUCACUGCUACUAGCAAAGAAGAAAACUGAUGAUUUCCAAGUGUUGUCUUCACAUUGUUAAGUGACCUGUAAAUACAAUAUUGGCACAUUGUACCUCCUUUUUAUACUCGAGAGAAAUUUUUGAUGGAAGUAUAACAUGAAGUUGAUAAACUGUAUCUUGAUAGAAAAUGCUGCAUCGAAGCCUCAUCAGUCAUCAUGAUCCAACAAACACUGCUUGUUUGAAAUCUUGAUUGUAUGAGACUUAUGAUAUUGUGAGAGAGGAACAUCUUCCUGACAUUCCACAACAGAUUUAUCAGACUCAGUUGUCUGUAUAACUGCAGGUUUAUCCCUCAGUUUGAUACUGAAAUCUUUCCAAAUUAAGUUCCGUCGUUAUGUGGUUCCAUUGAGCUGUCCUAA